GCCGAGUUGUUUCUAUGCCAAUUGCAUUGCAGUGUAUUAUUAAUUUGAACAAAUUUGGUGAAAUCUCAUGUUCUUUAUUAUUCUAAUAUAAGUACUGGAGUUGGUGAGUUUAGGUUUAUUUUAGAUCAGUUUUGAACGUGAUAUACCUACAGCAAAUAAUGUCUCUCUGCGGGUGCGUUUCGAACCGCAGUUCAUUGCCUUAUGUAAAACUGGAAAUGGUGUUUCUUCCGUGAGUGACCGAAUUGUUAUAGUGUGACCUAUGUGUAGUGUUGGAGGCUUUGUUAAAAUUUGUAAAUAUAAAGUGAAAUAAUGUCUAAUUCAACUGCACAAGUGUUGAUGAAAAAGGCAAAAAGAGGAGCAGCUGCAUAUAUCCACGCGGAUUGUGUUAACGGGUCACCACAACACUUGGGCCCGCUGCUAGACGUGCUGCUCAACCCGAUUAAAGCAAUAGAUGAGUGGGAGACAAUUGACUGGUGCAGGUGGCUCCUGGCUGGUGGCAGAACUCCAGAUGAAUAUGCUUCCAUUGUGCGCAGCUACGACAAGCACGACAAAUGCGGGCUGGUGUGGAUCCCGCGCGUCGUGGCAUACCGCUGCCGGACAUGCGGCAUAUCGCCCUGCAUGUCCAUCUGCCGCGAGUGCUUCCACCGCGGUGACCACUCCACUCACGACUUCAACAUGUUCUUGUCGCAGGCCGGCGGCGCCUGUGACUGCGGCGACAACUCCGUCAUGAAGGAGGACGGAUUCUGCAGUAACCAUGGCAACAAGUGUCCCAGACCUGGCACCGCACCCGCUGAACUCAUGUGUAUCGCUGAGGGAAUGAUGCCCAGGCUUAUACUGAGGUUGCUGCAGCACUUCAGAGAGAACAGUGGAGUGGAAAGCUCAGAUAACUACCGCGUGGCUGUUCAGGAGUGUGAGGGAUACGUGCAGAUGUUGCUGGAGUUCAACAAUAUGGGAGACCUGAUGCGCUCCGCCAUGACUAAGGCGCUCAUCAACCCGCAAAUGUACCGGCAGCUUGUGGAAGGCCCGUUCCCAGACACGGAGUACGGCCGCUACAUGGCCGAGUCGACGCGAAUGUACCGACGUGCACUCGACGCCUUCCCCGCACCGCAGCCUCCUGAUGAGUACCGGCACCUCGCGGCGCUGUCGCCGAACCUCCAACACAACACGCUGCUGGACGAGUUCAUAUUCUGGACGAUAAAGUACGAGUUCCCGCAGAACGUGGUCUGUCUGCUGCUGAACAUGCUUCCCGACCAGGACUACAAGGAGCAGCUGACACGUACAUUCGUGCUGCACUACGCGCGCAUCCCGCUGGUGCUGGAGAGCGCGUCUGACCCCGACACUCUGUCCAACCGCGUGGUCCACAUGUCCGUUCAGCUCUUCUCCAACGAGGCACUCGGCCUGCGCUGCGUGCAGCAGCUGCACCUGUUGCACGUCAUGGUGCUCUCCCUGCGCUUCAUGAUGGCCAAGAUCCUGGUGCCGAGCACACUGCACGACAGCGCGGGUGCAAGCGGCGGCACUGUCCACCACGUGAUCGACUGCAGCCAACGCGUGAUGAAGGAGCACUGCUACUGGCCACUGGUAUCCGAUUUCAACAACGUGCUGUCGCACCGCAGCGUGGCUUUGCUAUUCCUGCAGGAUGACGAGCUACUCGACAUGUGGUUCCACUUCCUCACUAUGCUUCAAGGCAUGAACGUGAACGUGCGCGAGACGGGCGGCCACAUCGAGUUCGAGCCGUCGUCGUACUACGCGGCGUUCUCGUGCGAGCUGGAGGCGGCCGCGUACCCCAUGUGGAGCGUGCUGGCGCACCUCACGGGCCCCGAGCACGCGCCGCUGGCCCGCCGCGUGGUGCGCGUCGCGCUGCGGCACCUGCGCACGUGGCUGGCGGCCGCGCCGCCCGGCCCCCGCGCGACCCAUGUGUCGUCGUCGUUCCACUUCCCGCUGCACCGCUACCUGGCCGCCUUCCUGUGCGCCGCCGUCCGCAGCAUGGCCGUGCGAGCAGCAGACCUGCUGCCCGCGGCCGACCAGCUGGCGCCCUUCGCGUUCCACCCGCUGCGUGUGCAGAGUUUAUUCUAUGAGAUCCUGGCCGGGAUGUGGGUGCGAAACGGUUUGCAGAUCAAGGGGCAGGCGAUGACGUACAUCCAGGCGAACUUCUGUAACUCCAUGGUGGACAUGGACAUCUACUGGCUGCAGAUAUGUGCUGCCCAUCUUCCGCCAGACCUCUUCAUUGAUAUGUGCAUAGACACGUUCGGAGUCCGUGAAUGGCUCAGCAUGACUCCCAUGUCAGCGUUACAGGCAGCCGAGCAGGACGCCAUGGUCGAGGGACUGCUCACCUUCCUCGCUAUCCUCGUCUCGUCGCGCACCAACCUGGGCAACGACGAGGUGAGCCAGUCAAGGCUGGAAGUGGCGACUCUUCUGGCUUGCGGGGAUAAGACACACUCGCAGCUUCUCGAGCUGAUCCCGGAGCGUUCCGGGAACGCGCACACGAGAAACUUUGAAACGGUGCUCAAGGAGCUGUCAGUAUACCGCGCUCCGCCCCGCGGCUCGGAGAGUCUAGAGCAGGGCUUGUUCGUGCCGCGUGCGAUCGUGUGGGAACAUUACUACGAACCGCUCCACGUGCUGCGUCGCGCCGUGCACCGUCGGGAUUUCCACGCCUCCAUGGACCGGUUCACCGCCUAUGUUGCUGAAAAACGUAAAGCUGAGGGCAACAAUAGCAACAAGAGCAAUAACGAUGGAAGCGGAAAUAGCGGCGUUGCCGGCAACAGCAACCUGUGGCCGCCGCUGAGACCUGCGCAAGCGCCGCCGGGGGUCGAGUUCAGUGGCGAUCCUAGGCAGAUCUGUUCCUCAGGCGUGCUGCAGGGCGCGCUGCUGGGCGUGCUGCACCGCGGCGUGCGGCGGCGCGACGCGGGCGGCGGCGGCGUGCCCGACCACGUGCUGGCGCUGGCCGUGUUCCUGCUGGCCGCCGCCGCCGACCUGCAGCCGCCGCCCGCGCCGCACUCGCUGGCCCGCCCCGCCGCACGCGCGCGACGCGUGGCCGGCGCGCCGCUGCUGCGCGCGUUCCCCACGGGCGCGCUGUGCGACAACGCGCGCACGCUGGUGGCGCACGUGGCGCCCGCCUACGCCGCGCACGACCUGCACCCGCAGCCCUACCACUCCGACAGCGAGCCAGAGUGGGAGGGUGCAGAGGGCGUAGAGAGUGAGGCGGGCACAACGGACGCGGGAGGAAACAGCAACAAGCCCUGCAUCAUGAGCACCAGCACCGCGCUCGCGAUACCGCCUUCCAUGCAGAUGUUCCGCAGCGGCGGCGUGCCGAUCGACGACGGAGAGCGAGGCGAGGAGGGAAACGACGGCGGGGAGGGGGAGAUGCGAGCGCUAGAGGAGGGCACGGCAGCGGACGCGGCAGUGGACAGCACGGCGCUGGUGGUGCCCGGAGCCAUGCCCCUCGCCGAGGACAUGUCUCUGGCCCUGGCCGCACCGCGUGACCGUCUGCACCGCCUGGACCAUCUGGAACUGGAUGCCUCGCCCACCAUCGACUACGAUAUAAAUCCCGUAGAGUGGGGGGCGCGAGCUCUUCCCGCGCCGCCCGCUGAAUCUGCGCCGGCUCACUGCUCCGACGAAAACCAGGUGGAAGUGACCCGGCAGCGUGGGGAGCAGGUGCCUGUCAAUGAGUCCAUCAUAUCGCUGCUGCUGAAGCUGCACUCCGCACUGUCCGGCCGCCUCGACUCGUUCGCGUUGGAGGAGCCCGCGCCCGACUCCGACACGCACAUUGGUGACGGGCCGCACUUCAUCGGGCGUGUGCUGCACAAGCUGGCUGCGCUCGACCCACGCUGCGCCGACGCCAUCCAGCUGGUGCGGCACUCGCUGUGGCCGCACCAGCGGGAGCGGGAGGCCGAGCAGCGCGCCAGGGAGCGACGUGAAAAGGAGGAACGGUCGAGGCGCGCCCGCGAGCGGCAGGCGGCCGUCAUGCGGGAGUUCGCGCGUCGCCAGCAGCAGUUCCUGAGCGCCGUGCGACAGCUGGAGGGCGAGCAGGGAGAGCGCAUGGAAUGCGAGGGGGAGAGCGAGGGCGAGGGGGAGUGGGAGACGUGGCGCGCGCGCGACUACGACUGCGUGAUCUGCAACACGCGCGCGCGGGCCAGCGCGCACGACCCCAUCGGGCUGGUGGUGCUGCUGCAGUCCAGCAGCGUGCUGGGCCACCGGCGCCGCGCGGACGGCGGCGCGGGCGCGCUGGCGCUGUCGGAGCCCGAGCGCUCGCGCCUGGCCGCGCACCGCGCCGCCACGGCCGCCGCGCACCACUACCGCCUGCACGACGACCUGCACCAGCACUUCGACCAGGAGUCGUGGGUGCUGAGCGUUAACGUGGGCUGGGAGGGCGGCGUGGUGGCGCAGUCGUGCGGCCACCACGUGCACCUGCGCUGCCUGCGCGCCUACCUGCGCUCGCUGGCGGCGCCGCGCCCGCCCAACCUGCUGGUGGAGCGCGGCGAGUUCCUGUGCCCGCUGUGUCGCCAGCUGGCCAACAGCGUGCUGCCGCUGGCGCCGCCGCCGCCGCCGGCGCCCGCGCCCGCCGCGCCGCGCGACCACCUGCGGCUGGCCGCGGACGUGAGCGAGAUGCUGGAGCGCGAGCCCGUGCGCAUGGCCGUGACCGAGCUCUCGGAGGCGAUGGGUCUGGCGAUGACGGACAUGACGAACGCGGCCAGUGGUAAGGUGAAACUGCAGCACGGCAGCUCGCCUGCCGCUAUUUUCACGUUCAUGGCAUCCUUGGUGCGCACAAAUCUGGAGUGCGAGCUGGUUCAACGCGGCAACACGCUGGUAGUGCGGGCACCGCCGCGCUACAAACCCAGAGACGACUGCAUCGUGCCUCUGAUGAGCGUGGCUAGCGUGCACGCCCGCGCGCUGCUGGUGGCCGGGUCGGCGCUGGGCGUGGCGCACACGUGGCGCGCGCUCGUGCCCGCGCUGGAGGACGCGGGGGAGGGGGCGGCGGGCGCGGGCAGCGUGGCGGCCGUGCCGGCGGGCGGCUCGCGGCCCGUGCCGCUGCUGCUGCGGGACCCCACGGCGCUGUUGCUGCAGGUGCUGCUGCUGGCGCCCGACCACCCGCCGCACAUCGACAUACAACAUUUCACGUGCAUUGUGCGGACCCUGUACGCGCUCACGUACUACCAAGUGGUGAACCAACUGUGCGCCCGCGGUGCUCUGUCGCCGGUGCUGCAGCAGGGCGGCGAGAGCGAGGGCGGGCUCGCGGACGCAGCACGCCUGCUGCUGACCGCGCUGGGCGCCGCCGGCGACCGCCUGCUGGAUGACGACAGCGGGCCGCGCGACACGCACGAGCCCUUCGACAUCGACAAGCUGGAGCUGGAGGUCCAAGAGCUAAUCUUGCCGUACCUGCGCAUAUCGUCCCUGAUCCGCAAGCACGUGUACGGCGGCGAGCUGCCGCACGUGGCGAGCGCGCGAGACGAGUUCCGCGCGCUGCUGCUGUACCUGCAGCUGUAUGCGGGCGAAGGACCGCGCGCGCACGACGCACUGCCGCCGGGCGCGGAGCACGCGGCCGCCGCCUGGGCGCGGCAGCUGGCGCGCGCGGCCGCGGGGGGGCAGCUGGCGGUGCACCGCGUGAUCUCGUCGCUGCACGUGUCGUGGGCCGGCCCCGCGCUGCUGCGUCUGCCGCGCGAGUACGACCGCCUGUUCACGUACUACCACGAGCGCGUGUGCCUGCAGUGCGGCGCCGUGCCCAAGGAGGCCUCCGUGUGUCUGCUGUGCGGCACGCUCGUGUGUCUGAAGCAGCCCUGCUGCCGCCACCACCAGGUCGCCGAGGCCGUGCAGCACGCGACGGAGUGCGGCGGUGGCACGGGCAUCUUCCUGGUGGUGACGUCCACGUACAUCAUCGUGAUCAGAGGACGCCGGGCCUGUCUGUGGGGCAGUCUCUACCUCGACGACUACGACGAGGAGGACCGCGACCUCAAACGCGGCAAGCCGCUGUACCUGAGCGAGGACCGCGUGGAGCUGCUGCAGGCCCAGUGGCUCGCGCACCGCUUCGACCACACCAAGCGCACGUGGGUCUGGCACCGAGACUCGCUCUGAUGCCGCGCUCUCGUAAUCGGGUGCCAGAACGUGUAGAGUCCACCGUGAGCAGACCCGCCGCGGCCGCCAUGUGCGGCGGAAGUGACAGGCGACAGCGGGCUGCGGCUAGUUCUGCGUUCAGUGCUCUAUUAUUGUUUGUAUUAAUAAAUCUGUUGAUCUGAAGUUUCGUGAUAUUCAUGUCGUGCCUUCGACUGUGUACAUAAAUACUGUUUGUUUAAUAAUAUUGUCCACAAAUUGCAUCGAACUGUUGUUACGCUUUACUUUGGUUUGUCAAUAAUAUAUUAACUGUUAAAUCGAAAUAAUUGUAAGUUUUAUGGUUAGUCUAAAACAAUUACUAUUAUAAUUACUAUUAACAUUCAAAGAAUAUCAUCGCAAUACAUACAAUUAUAAAAGACUUUCUAGCUUUAUUAUUAAUUAUAGCAAUGUCACUCAGCAUUACAUUAUAACACUUCUUACCAUUUCAAUCAAAUGUUUAUUUCCGUAUGAUUUUUAGACAUUCUGAAGAAUAUUUUAUGGUAUGUAUUGAUUUUUGUUUGUUAUUAGUUCAACUGUAAUAUGUAAUUAUUAUUGAGUUAUACAUAAAGUAUGUAGGUUAGAUGAUAUAAAUUACACAUCUAAAAAGAUUUUAAAUCUGUUUGUGGAUACAAAAAAAUGACAACAUGUAUUAUUCUAUGUUAUUAUAAAUAGUAAAUAUUUAUAUCUUAUAUAUAUAUCGUUAAUAAUUAUGAAUUUGUAAAAAGUCAUCAAUGUAUCUAUGUGUAGUUUGUAGGCACUGUAUAAUAGGCAGUGCGGCGCGUGACGUCACGUGUGUAUAGUAAUGUAGGGUAGUGUAGUAGCGACUAACGAUGUAAAUACAUAAGGAGGAGGUAAGGCUGUGAAUAAGUACGCGAGCGAGUACGUCUAGCUGAUAGUAAAUUAUUGUAACCAGUCCAGUGACUGCUCAGUCGCCACAUUUGUGACACCACUGGUUGAGACUUGCCUCAAUGGUGCUUGCUCGUGACAUCUCUCGAGUUGUUGGCGCGCGAGUGUUGCUACUGUAUUAAAAUAGAUAAAUAAAUCGACUGUAAUCUGGAGCCAUUGCUUAAGUCCGCGUGGUGCACUGGGUCACAACGAGCGGCGACAUCGUUAACGUAAAUUGUAAGCGCUGCGAGGGAGACCUAUUGUAUGUUCACAUAUUAAACCUGUUGAUAUUU